AUGGAUAUGGAUCCGUCGCAGCAGCACCUGAGAGAGACCCGGCCGGGGGAAGGUCGCAAUGACGCGGAUCUCGACCCCCGCGCGCGCCUUAUGCGCCCGCCGGCUCCGCCGUCCGCCAGCCGUGGCGGGGCGGAAGGCGGGAUGGCGCGGGAGCGCGUGAGACUGAUGGGCGCGGUACUGCGGGCUGCGCCUGGCGCGCACGCGGCGGGCGGUGGGGCGGAAGGCGGAAGAGUAGGCGCGGGAGCAGUGAGAUCCGCGGAUGGGGUGGGCGAGGGGAACGGUCAAGCGCAAUGGCUACCGGCGGGUGGGGACGAGGGGGUGGGGGACGGGGUGGAGGACAACGAGGCGCGCCGGAAGCGCGCGCGGACGGAACGGCAAGGCGGAGAGGGCGCGGCAGGCGCGGUGGGUGAGAUGGGUUAUGGCGGGGCAUGGCGGGGGGAGCAGGAUAGGGGCGGAAGUGCGGGGUUGGGGGGAUUGCAACAUGAGGGGCAAGGGGCUGGGCAAGGAUGGCCGGGGGAGGAUGAGCGGAAGCCGGCGCAGGAUCAGGCGCGCGAGCAGGGACAGGGGGAACAGGGGGAACAGGGGGAGCCAGGGGAGGAGGAAGAAGGGGAGGAGCAGGCUCAGGAGCAAGAGCAGGCGCAAGAGCAGGAGCGGGAGCAGGAAGGGGAGGAGGUAGGGGGGGAGGAUGAGGGGGAAGGCGCGAGCAUUCGGCAGCGGCUGCUGCAGCAGCACAGGCAGAUGCUGGCGGCGGCGCAGCACUCGCUGCUCAUGCGCGGCGGCGGGGAGGGCGCGGAGGGCGCGCACGGCGGUGUGGACCUUCUGCAGCAGCAGCGCCAGCUGCAGCGCCAGUACUUGCGCCUGCUGCAGCGGGACAUGCGCGCGCAUCUUAACAGGGGGACGCCCGGGGGAGGCAGGGGGCGGGGCGGAGCGCUGGGGGCGGACGGGCGCGCGGGUGUAGCAAGCGCAGGGGGAGUUGGGGGACAGGAGAGGAUGUGGGCGGUAGCUGGGGCCGCGGCUGGGCGGCGGGGGCAACAGGGGCAGGUGGGGCAUCAGGGACAGGUGGGGCAGCAGGCAGCAGAUACAGCUGGCAGGAUAAUAUCGUCUCCAGUCGUAGUAGCAGGAGCACCGUCGGCAGCAGCGCCAGCAGCAACGGCAGCAGCGGCAGCAGCGCCAGUGCGGGCAGUUUCGCCCACAGGCGGCGUGAGAGGCGAGGCGGCGCAGCGGGUGGCGGCAGGGGGGUGGCGGCGGGACGUGCUGGGGGACGGGGUUGCGCGCGCGGAUGCAAGGCGGGCAGGCAGCGGUGUGGAUGAAGGGGCUGGAGAGGAGGCAGGGGCGGAGGCGGAGGGGGCGGCGGAGGUUGAGGGGGAAGGGGAAGCGGGGUGGGAGCAAGGAGAGGGGCGGGGUGACGGGGGAGAGGGCAUGGGCGCGGAGGUGUGGAACGAGCCAGCUGCUGCGGGGUGGGAGCAAAUGAUGGGUGAGACCCGCGCAGCAGUGAUGGGCGAGACCCGCGCAGCAGUGAUGGGCGAGACCCGCGCAGCAGUGAUGGGCGAGACCCGCGCAGCAGUGAUGGGCGAGACCCGCGCAGCAGUGAUGGGCGAGACCCGCGCAGCAGUGAUGGGUGGCGCAAGGCCACUGGUGGGUGAGCCUGCGCGGGCGGCGGAGGGGUGGUUCCACCCGGUUGUGCAGGCGGAUAUACGGCGCAGGGCGCAGCAAAGGGGUGCCGCUGCUGGCGCAGCUGCAGGUGGCGCUGUUGGUGUGGCUGGUGCUGCGGGCGGUGGUGAUGCUUAUGGUGGUGGUAACGCUUAUGGUGGUGGUAAUGGUGGUUUCGAGGAGGAGGCAGGAGAAACGGGCUGGGGGGAGCGCGAGGGAGCAAGGGUUGCGCAUGGGGCGCAUGGGGGGGCACAUGGGGCGCAUGGGGCGCAUCCCGCGCCUGCUGUACCCUCAGAGCGUGUGCUUGUAACGGGGCCGUUCCUCUUUUCGACGCAGCAGCUGGGGGGGCGCGCGGAAGAGGGGCUCCGCAGCAACUCUAACGUCUGUGCGUCCCCCCGCGCGGGGGGCAUGGGCGCAGGCGUGGGGGAGCGCACGGGGAGCUCGCUGGACGAGACUGAGGAAUCGGAGGGGAGUGGCGGAGGCGCGGGGGAAGGGGGAGGCGGAGGGGGAGGGGGAGGGGGAAGGGCGCGGGAGACGGAGAGGGAGGAGUUGGGGAGAGGAGAGGGGGGAGGGAGGGGCAGGGCGGGGCAGGGGAGUCGGUUGGCGGUGGUGUGUGGGGUGGCGCGAGGGGGAAAGGGGGAAGGGAGGCAGAUGGGAGGCAGGGAGGUGGAGCAACGGAAAGCGGGGGAGGGGAGAGUGCAGGGCGGCAAUGCGCCAGGCAAUGGCGCUGGUGGCGCUGGUGGUGGCGGAAGGGCGGCUGGCGCUGCUGGCGCAGGUGGUGAUGUGGGCAUUGGUCAUGGCGGAGGGCCAACAGCGGCAGGCCGGGCAGGAGUGGCAGCAGGGGUAGCAAGGCCGCAGGCGCCUCUGGCAGCAGGCCCCAGGCAGCUGCAGCAGCAGCAGCAGCAGCUAUGGCAGCAGCAGCAGCAGCAGCAGCUAUGCCAGCAGCAACCGCAGCAACAGCAGCACUGCCACGAGCCUUUGCCGCCACCGCCACCCCCACAUCAGCAGCUGAGGCAAACGCAUGGGAUGGUGGAGAGAGGAGCAGCAGGCGGAGCAGCAGGCGGGGCAGCAGCAGCAGCAGCAGCAGCUGUUGCUGCUGGUGCGCCUGGGAGAGGCAGAGAUGGAGGCCCAGCCACUCUACCCACCACCGCCCCCUCCUCCGCACUUCAACCCCCCUUCCUCCGCCACCCUCCUCCCCACCUCCCCCACACACCAUCCGCGCCCGCCGCCCUUCAAUCCCCAGCCCCUCCCCCCGUCCGCGCUGCAGCAACCCCCUCCCCUCCGCCAACGCACCUCCCCUCACCACCCGCCAUGCCGCCUCCCAGGCUGGACCCACCAGCAGCCGCGCCUCAACCCAGGGUAGACUCGUCCUCUAUCACACCUCAACCGUUACUGUCGCUGCGGCGCUGGUUGAACCGGGCAGGCAGGGAGGUGGAUAGACUCGAGAGCCUGUUCCUGUUCGCGCAGGUGGUGGACAUGGUCGCUGCCGCCCACACGCAGGGCCACGUGGUUCGCCACGUGCGGCCGGCGUGCUUUGUCCUGUCUGCGCAUCGAAGGGUGGUGUACCACCCGCCGUUCCUGCGGGCGCGACCCGGGGAGGCGGGGGAGGGGGAAGUGGGGGAAGGGGAGGGGGAGAUGGGGGAGGAUGGUGGUGGAGGGCAGGCGCGGCUGCAACAGCAGCAGCAGCAACAACAGGAGGAGGAGGAGCAACAGCGGCAGCAGCAGCAGGGGUGGCGGCAGCAGGAGGAGGGGCGCGGAGGCGGAGGGGCAGCAGAGGGGGCAGUGACGUGGAGGGAGCAGCAGGCGGAGGCAUGGCAGAGGGCGAUGCUGCAGGAGCAGGGGGAGGAGGGGAUGGUGGCGCAGGGGCAGGGGCAGGGGCAUCUGGGGCAGGGGCAAGCGGGUGGGAGGGCGGGGCGAGCAGCAGCAGGGCGGGGCAUGGCAGGGCAGCAGCGAUUAACCCCCGGUGCUGGAGGGGCAGAGGCAGGAGAACGCGGAGGAGGGGACAUGCAGUGGGGAGGCGGAGCGGGAGGGGCAGGGGGUGAGGGGGGGAGGGCGGAGGAGGAGGAGGCACGGUGGUACACGUCACCGGAGGAGGCAAGGGGUGACCCUGUGGGGGCGGCGUCUGAUGUCUUCAAGCUGGGCGUGCUCUUCUUUGAGGUGAGCCUCCUCUUUGAGGUGAGCCUCCUCUUUGAGGUGAGCCUCCUCUUUGAGCUAUUCUGUCUAUUCACGAGUGCCACGGAGCGCAGCGUGAUAAUGGCGGACCUCUGCCAUCGCAUCCUGCCGCCCCGCCUGCUCUCCCAUCGCCCCAAGGAGGCCGCGUUCUGCCUCUGGCUGCUGCACCCGCAGCCCUCCGCCCGCCCCACCGCUUCCCCAUCGUCCCAAGGAGGCCGCCUUCUGUCUCUGGCUGCCGCACCCGCAGCCGUCAGCGCGCCUCACAGCCCAUCACUGCCCCACAUGCCCGGCAAGCUCAUCAUGCCCCACAUGCCCGGCAAGCUCAUCAUGCCCCACAUGCCCGGCAUGCUCAUCAUGCCCCACAUGCCUAUCAUGGCUGCCCUCACAACAUGCUCUCCCAUUUCUGACCUUUUCAAACGCCCUUGCCAUACCCCUCUCUCUCCACGGCUGGUCUCCUUGCCCCUCCAUCCUUUUCCUCUCCGUCUCCACAGGGAGGGAGGUGCGCAGCAGCCAGCUGGUGGCAGACGUAGCAAGCAUGUUCGCCCACAGGGGGCAGCAGGCGGGGCUGGAGGCACAGGAGGCGGAGUGCGACGUGCUGCUCGCCUUCUUCUCGCGCAUCCACCUUAA